AUGAGAUGGAUGUCUGCCCCACACGGCUGCUGUAGAAAUAACAAAUGUGAGCUGAUUCAACAUAUUUUAAUUUAUUUCCGUUUUGACUCCUUUGUUUUCUACAAUUGGCCUCUCUGUGACCUUAUAAUGCCAAACCUUUGGAGAUCAGCAAUGAGAACUGCACCCAGAAAAAAUGUAACAAUCAGUUCCAGCCCACGGAAAAGCAGUGAGCAAAGUCCCAGGUCUUGGUGUUCUUGCUGCCACACAGUCAUCAUCCUCCUCCUGGGGAUUGCUGUCCUCACUCUGCUGGGUACAGUUCUCUAUUUGAUCCUGAAAGCCCAUGAGUCAAAUUGUGAGAAAAAUCCGGUCUUAAAGGCAGAGAACUCAACAAGACUUGCAACUCUGAAGGAGGAGCUGUGCACUGAGCAAAAUGGUACUGUGUGUGAGCUUUGUCCUCUGGAGUGGCAGCUGAGCAACAGCAGGUGUUACUACUUCUCAAGAAGGAAGCAGAGCCAGGAGACCAGUGCCAGAAACUGUGCCAACAGGAAAUCCCAGCUCCUGGUCCUGGAGGAUGAGGCUGAAGCGGGCAGGGUCCAUGAGAUGAGGCCGAGAGAUGAGUAUUUCUGGAUCGGGUACAAGUAUAACACGACCCAGAGACGGUGGAUGUGGCUGGGUGACCCUGGAUUCUCCAGAUACAGGGUAUCAGAGGCUAAGUACCAGACACAAAUGGAGUGUGUCUCUUUCAAGGGAAAGAAUUCAUUUGCUACUGAAAAUUGUUCCUCUUUUCGCUACUGGAUUUGCAAGAAAAAUGUGACUGUUCUGGAGCCCUGA